ACGAAAAACGAACUUUCGCAAUUCAUGUAUCGUAACGAAGUACGCUUUCCUCUAUACGGUAUUACUCGAGCGCAGCGCGCAUGAGGUCUUCACUACGGUAUUACUUUUUACUAUAUAUACGCACGCCAAUCUCAGUUGCAGUAUUAUUGCUCUUACUGUUCUAUCACGUUUGUGUGUUUUACGUUACCGUGAAAAAUAUUAUUCUUCAACAUGGUUGAACCGACUGCUGAAACCGUCCCCGCUACUCCCGUAGCUGCGUCGCCGAAAAAGAAGAAAACCGCAACCAAAGCGAAAUCGGCCGCUGCCAAAACUGCGACUCAUCCGCCCACCGCUCAAAUGGUCACCGGUGCCAUCAAGGCUUUGAAUGAACGUGGUGGUUCUUCGCUCCAAGCUAUCAAGAAAUCCAUCAGCGGAUUAUACAAAAUCGAUGCCGAGAAAGCCGCUCCCUUUAUCAAAAAAUACCUGAAAAGCGCUGUUACUAAAGGUACCUUGAUCCAAACCAAAGGCAAAGGUGCUUCUGGUUCGUUCAAAUUAGCCGUCAAAGCUAAAGCUGAACCGAAGAAGAAGACCGCUGCACCCAAGAAGAAAACUGCUGCGCCUAAAAAACCCAAAUCGACCGAAAGUAAACCGAAGAAAGCCAAGGCUUCGCCUAAGAAAGCUGCCACCAAGAAGGCUGCCAAACCUAAAGCCGCCAAGCCCGCAGCUACCCCGAAGAAAGCCAAGGCUCCUAGCAAAGCUAAAGCUACCAAAGCCACGCCUGCGAAGAAACCAAAGUCUCCUAAACCCAAGAAGGCGGCGACCAAGAAACCAGCAGCCAAGAAAACCAUCUCGAAGAAGUAAAUCUACGAUUUACCAUCUUAAAACGGCCCUUUU